CGGCCAGCCCAGCAGCAGGUCUGCGUUGUUCCAGGCUGACAGCCGCUUGACAGGACAGAAAAGCAAACAUCGCCUCUCAUUCCAUACAUGAAGGAUUAUUAUUAUCGUGAAAUAAAACGUGGAAACGACGGGAAUCAUGCACAAUAUGCGAGAGUAAACGCGGUCUGCGGAAGUCUGUACUGUAAGUCUGUUGCUUUAAAUGCGUGCUGCUGUUACAAUAAUACCGUGUUUUAUUUAUUGGGUAACUGCCUUAUUUUCCAUCAUACAUAAAAAAAACAACAACAUUGUGACAUUGGGCAAUAUAUUUAAUAUUGUGUCUAUGUAUGAUGUAUAGACUGUGAUGUAUGUUUUAUAUACGCGCACGCAGCAUGGAAUGUCAUCAUAUUCCCUGUUAAUAAAAUAAGCCGCAUUCCAUUCAAAUCCGUGAUCAGUGCUCGCGAUCUGGGGAGAUUGCAGAAUGGUGUAAACACUCCUUAUGGAUACAGCAUACCCAGUGGUUUCAGUUCAAUGACAAAGAACACGCACCUUGUGAUCGCAUUGACAUUUGCCGAAGGAUGUUACGAGCGUUUGAACAAUGUUUGGCCAACGCCCCGAUGACCUCUUUGCCAUGACGUAUUGGAACCCACUGUCCCAAGGUCCCCGAUGUGUGGAUCCUCACACUGGGCUGGCAAUCUGAACUGGCAACAGAGACAGAAUGGACAGCCCUCCCAAACUGUCAGGGGAGACCCUAAUUGUCCAUCACAUCCCUCUGGUGCAUUGCCAGAUCCCGGACAGGCAGUGCUGUGGCUCUGUCAAGCGGGCUAGCACCUUCUGCCAGUCUGAUCUGGGGCUGACACGCACCACCUCCCUGCCUGAGCAGGAUGUCCAGCAGAAGGAGGCGCUGGUUUACAGCAGCCUGAUCCAGACCUCCAGCGGCAGUGGCAGGGGCAGUUUUGUCAGCGACUCCUCUUCUUUCUCCUCCUCCAAUAACUCAGAGGAACCGUCCUCUCAGUCCAAGAGCAGGGACCCAGUAGCCAAAGCCAACCAACAACGGCACAACCCCUUUCUCCUGAACUCCGAGGAAGAAGUAGAAGACAACAGUCUGGAUGGCUACCUGGAGGACUCUUCCUUCCAUCUUCACGGUAACAGCAACACCCACACAGGCAAGCAGUCUUCCUUCCAUCUGCAUGACCUUACAUUUGCUCCAGAGCCUUUCCUAUUGCACAACGGAGUUGGGGUAGCGCACAAGACCUGGAAUUGCGUGGCUGGCAGACCGGUCAUAGCUGAGGGGCAGGAAGUUGGUGAGACCAACCACGCUGCCAACAAUGUCACCGCUGUUUCUAAAAAUGCAGAACGGCCGUCGGAGUGCCUGGAUAUUAUGGGAUAUGACUGUCAACGACGGCACGGCAGCAGCGGCUCCACGCUGUCCAUGGACUGCGGGGAGCAGGAGUGGAACGCCAGCCCUCCCGACGACGAGGACCAGCUGAGGAACGGACAGCGGAGCCGGGCCUGCAGCUGCUGCUCCAGCUCAGACUUCCCUCUGGCGUCUUCCUCCCAACGCUGCCAUUGCUGCUUCUACAGCUUCUCUGACCCCUCGGAGAUGACGGACCAGCAGAUGGGCUACAUCAGCGACUCCUCCUGCAACAGUUCAGAUGGGGUGCUGGUCAACUUCAGCGCCAUCUACAACAAGAUGAACAAUGGUGGGCCUUCCAAGCCCCUGAACCUGAACUCCGGGGACCAGUCCUGCGCUUCCUCUGUUUGCAGCCACUUGGAAGCUGGGGGAGCCUUCUACCUGGACCUGCACACAUCCCCUACUGAACCCAGGGAGGACUCCUGCCAGGAGCAGGGCAGCAAGACCUGCAGCUGCCAUCACAAACACCAACAGCAGCAGCAGAGUCCACAGGGUCUGGACGCCAACUGCAACUCUUACCACCUCCACUGUGGCGGCGGGCCCUGCCUGUCUGAGGGCUCGGACCUCACCUCCUGCUUCCAGAGCCAAGCUCGCCUGGUGGUGGCCACCCAGAACUACUACAAACUGGUGACCUGCGACCUGUCUUCCCAGUCCUCCCCGAGCCCUGCUGGGUCUUCCAUCACCAGCUGCUCGGAGGAGCACACCAAGAGUAGCCCCAGCCAGCCCACAGAGUACUACCUCUUCCAGAAGCCGGAAGACAACCAAGAGGUGAUGAAAGAAGAGCAGCCGGAGAAAGAGGUGGAGGAAGAGGAACACACGCAGGGCUCAGAAAUGUCCAGGAACGUCAUUGAGGGUCAAGUCUAUGUCAACGUCUCUCCUCCCAACAUGAGCAGUGGGAGACCACGGUCCAGGAGCUACGACCGCAACCUGGACAAGUCUCCCUCCUCUCGACUGGGCACUCUGGAACGUAUGCUGAGCUGCCCGGUCAAGCUCAGUGAGAGCGCCUCACACUGCUCCUCCUCGCACCGCUCCUCCCCUCCCCGUCGCGUCACCUCUUUCGCAGAGAUCGCCCGCAGCAAGAAGAAGAGCAGCAGCGUGGGAGGAGGCUCCCCGCCUCUGAGGACCAGCACAGACUCCUCUUCCUUGGAGUUCUCCCCAGUCGGCGAGCUCCAGCUCCCCCGCCACACUGGGGAGAGCCACAGCCUGCUGCCCAUGCCCUUUGUGCGCUGCUACAGCCAGGGCAGCUGUGACCUCAUCACCUCCUCCGGGGGAGGAAACCCCCUUCAGCAGGGGCCCCCUAGACCACUUUGUGACUCCCCCAGAUCUGCCAGGGAGACCCGGGCUAAAGCAGAAGGAGGUGCCUCGGAAGGCAACCCACUAAUGCGUUACAGCAAAGAGCAGCGCCCCACCACCCUGCCCAUACAGCCCUUUGUGUUCCAGCACCAGCUCAGCAAGCAGCCCUCCAAGCUGCGGCCCCUCCUCAGUGACUACGUCAGCCAGAUGUACAGCCGUCCCAGCGGGCAGCCUGCCACGGACAGGGGCUCGCAGAGGGAGGAAGAGCACAGGACGAGGAGAGCGGCCCCCGAGACGGUGCGCCUGUCCCCACUGGGCAGCUACUCCCCAGUGCGCAACUGGGCCCCCAGCUCGGAAACCUGCUCCACCUGUACCCCCACUCCAGACAGGGGCCUAUCCUCUAGCCAGCCCCGCCGCAGCCACUCCUGCCCGCUGUCCGCCGGCCUCCUCCCCAUCCGGCCAAGCGCCGCCACGGUGCAGCCAGCCAUGGCCAGCCAAACCAGAGACCAAAACUGGGAGGGGUCAAAGCAGCAGCAGCAGCAGCAGCAGCAGGCAACCCAGCCCUUGAGCAAAGACACAGCCGUCUCCGGAUCCUGCCUCCAUCGCAACUCACUCCCGACGCUGUCUACCGAUGGGUUCAGCCCGCUGGGUCACCUGGAGCCACAGCAGAGGAGCAGAAGCAGCGAUGGGGUCCAAACAAGCAACGUGCUGAGCAAUGAACUGGCCCGGACACCAAACGCUCACCGCCUUGCAGCGCACCACCUGUCGCCGCAGGCCCUGAAGUGGCGUGAGUACCGUCGUAAGAACCCGCUGGGAUUGGAGCGGGCGCUGGCGGCCCAGCUGACAGGCAGUUUGGACACCAGGAAGCCAGACAGCAGACUAGCCCGCCGAAACGUGUUUGAUUUCCCUGCCUCAGCCAUCCACAGCCACUCCAGACUGAAUGGUCAGUCAGUGAAGCAGCUGCAGAACUACUACAGCGAUUUCUUCCCAGACUACUUCUCCCUGGCGGAGAAACCUCCGGACGAGUUCUGUCUGUCCCCCGACGCCACCACCGAGUCCAUCUCCAUAGACCUCCUGCAGAAGAAAUGUCUGGUAAAGGCUAUUAACACUGCAGUGGAUCUGAUUGUGGCCCAUUUUGGAACCAGCCGGGAUCCUGGAGUAAAGGCUAAGCUGGGGAACAGCUCUGUGAGCCCCAAUGUGGGCCACCUGAUCCUGAAGUACCUGUGCCCUGCCCUCCGAGAGGUCCUGCUGGACGGGCUCAAAGCCUACGUCCUGGACAUGAUCAUCGGGCAACGCAGGAACAUGCCCUGGAGCCUGGUGGAGGCCUCAACGCAGCUCGGCCCCUCCACCAAAGUGCUGCACGGUCUGCACAGUAAGAUUAGCCAGUACUCCGAGCUGACCAAUCACAGCAUGCGCUUUAACGCAUUUGUCUUCGGACUCCUCAAUAUCAGGUCUUUGGAGUUCUGGUUCAACCAUCUGUAUACACACGAAGACAUCGUGGCGGCACACUACCACCCGUGGGGUUUCCUGCCCCUGUCUCAGGGGGUGUGCCAGCCUCUGUUCGAGGAGCUGCUCCUUCUGCUGCAGCCCCUGUCCCUGCUACCAUUCGACCUGGACCUGCUCUUUGAGCACCGGCUGCUGCAGAAGGGCCACGAGCAGCUCUGGCGCAAAGAGCAGCUGUGCUCGGCCGGCCAAGGCCUGGAGCAGUCAGUCCGCUCCACAUUCCAGCUCAUGAGGGGCUGGGGGGUGGGCUCGGCCAGAGAGGGGGCCCCCGAGUCCCGGAGAGAAGGGGCAGGGAGCGAGAGGGCGGAGCUGAAAGAGGCCUCACCUAGCAGGACAGAGAGAGAAAGGAGGAAAGGGUUCACAGCGACGGGAGAGGAGUCUUUGAGGGAUCCUGGGGCAAGUUGUAAAGGGGAAGGGCAGCCGAAGGCAGCGGGAGAGAGGCCGAAGGCAGCCGGCAGGGAGUCGUGGUGGGAAAGAGAGGAAGGUGAGCGUGAGAGGAGGAAGGAGAAUGAGACAGAGCAGCAGCAGAUGCCCGAGGGGGUGAGGCAGAAGGAUAGGCAGGCGGGAUGGUGGUACCAGCUAAUGCAGAGCUCCCAGGUGUACAUUGAGAACUCCAACGGGGGCUCGAAGUUCAUCAAGUGGGAGAAGAGAAGGAAGCCUGCUGGAGAGGCCAAUGGCAGCCACCACCAGGGGUGCAACACCAGGCUGGGAGGAGGGGGGGGAGGAGCCGCGUUGGAUACAGGAGGCAGGCAGGCACGACCACCACUCAGAGAGGGAGUGGUGGAGGGGGCUGAGGCUGUCCUGGAGGCAAGGAGGGAGCUGAGCUCCGAGGAGAAAGGGAAGCCGUCGUGGAUGGGUAGCCCUCCGGAGUCGGUGCUCCAUGAGCUGAACCAGAGCAAGAACAAGGAGUCAGAGAAGCAGGCUGGAGAGAAGAACGCCCCCCAGGGGCAGGACAGCCCAGAGGGGCAGCAGGGGUUGCGCUGGGGGAGGCUCUUUGGGGCUGGAGUUGGAUCUCCAGUCAAGACACAGAGAACAGAACAGCAGCCAGCCAGGACACAGAAGAGCAGGUUGCCGUCGGGGUGGCUGAGUCUGGACAAGUCAGUAUUGGACCUGAUGGCACAGACGAUGGGGGCGGGGAAGCGCAAGGACACUCCCCCUUUGGAACACGCCUCACGCCCAGAGCAACAACAGGAAGCACAGGUUCCCAAGCAACAAGCUCCAUGCAGGGAGGUGAGGGCCCUGUGUCACCACAUCGCUACUGAGCCGGGUCAGCUGAGCUUCAACAAGGGGGACGUGCUGCGAGUGCUGGGCCGGGCUGAACCCGAUUGGCUGCACUGCAUGCUGGGGGAGCUCUCUGGGCUCGUUCCCAUCAUCUACGUCACCCAGCCUGAGUAGGACAGCAACUGAACCGCAGAGCCUGGAGGGGGGCGACAAUCACUACGGCAGAGAGAGCCGAGGCUCUCUGCAUUGCCAAUCCAAAACUGCCCACUUCAUUGUUCUUCAGCCACCAUUAAAUACUUCAAUACAUGCACAGCUAGAUCUAUCUGUUUAGUAUCUAUAUCUAUCUAUCUAUCUACAGUAUCUAUUUAUCUAUCUAUUUGUCAGAUCUGCAAAGUGAUCGUGAAGGCUAGAGCUUAACAGCACCCAGAAAUGAGACAUACAGAUUUCCAGAAGAAGAUUCAGACUUUAUACAUAUUUGUACUGCAUGCUCAUUGCUGCAAGGGGGUUACAGUUGUUGGAUCAGUUUUCUCCCCCUAGUCUACAGUAGAUUUGCGCAACAUCAGUAGUGCAGUAGAUUCAUACAGCUGAAUAAUGUUUGUGUAUUUACCAUUAUUUCUGUUUCCAACUUCUUCACCUUCAUGGAGUAACAAACGUAUAUCUCUUAACAUAAAUCUGCAUAAACAGAUGGUGAUAAGCACACAAUAACAGAAAUGUGGUACAAGGCUAGAAAUGAAUGCCUCCGACAGUGGUCUCUGGUCAGAAAAGGCUUCGCUUCUGCAUAUACCGUUGGCUGCCAAAGUGAGUUUGUAGCCCUGCUGCACAUUUAACAUGAAUAUGAUUGUGGGUAUGGUUAAACAUGUAUCAAUUGAAACCCCUGUUCAGGAGGACCUUUCUAUAGAACCUGUUAAUGUUGAACUCAUCUCGAUGGGAUUGCUGCUCCUGAACUUUAUCCGAUUCAGUUGGAUGGUUGGAGAAAGUUUCAAUCAAUCUAGCACUAGAUAGAAGCAUAUAUAUAGAGUAAAAAACAACAAGACUGCCUAGUGUUUGUGAUUUCCCACUUGCGUGGGACAGUCUGUUGUAUGGAUAACUUUCAUUGACAGCUUGGGUCUGUUUUCAGGAUGCUAGGGUGCUCAGUCCUGCAUUUAGCCGGAUCGGCAAUCAGUGACCACUCACAGAUUCAUCCCUAUUCCAGUGGGUGCGCUUAGGAGCUUGGAGUACUUGUGCCAGGGUGGUGCUCUGUUUCGUCAUUUCCUUGGCCCUAUUCGAGCGACCCAAAUCCCAAGACGCAGCUCACUGAGGAAGGAGAUCAGGAUCCCGUGCCCAUGUUGGAGAAGAAUUAGGCAGGAUCUGGACUUCCCAGGUGGAGGAAACUCUGAAACUUUUGCUUUGCUGGAAAGCCGUGGAGGAACCUUGCGCAUGUGUCAGCAUGGCAAGCCAUCUUUCUAACUUCCUUGCAUCCCGUGAUGACUGCUACCGCGUGCAUUCAGCAGGAGGGUUGGGACUUGAGGGGGAAAAUAGCUAAUAUAUAUAUAUAUAUAUAUAUAUAUAUACAUAUUUUGUGUUGCAUUGUAUUUAUUUAUUAACGAUGUAACUUAUUCUGCAGCUGCAGUAGAGUGCAGUACUACUGUUAAGGAUGUAAAGGAAAGCAGGUACAAUAGGGUGGACUGGGAGAAGUGGUGCCGUCCAAAGUGGGGAGGGCAUGUGCGCAGGAUUCUCUAGAACCUAGUUUUGCCAGUCAGCUACAAACCUUUUGGAGAGCAGGUUGUCUGUGUUGGGUUAGUCCAGUCCUGUUGCCUUGAGCACAAUGCAAUUGAGUUCAGACCAGGGAUUUGGCAAUAUUUUGGCCUUAAAUCUUGAUCUUGACCUUCAGUUCAGGAGAUGUGAGUUUUAGUCAGGAUAAGACUAAACUGAGUUCAGGCUGAUCUAAGGCCGGUGUAGCAUGUUUACCAAUGGACUGGCUGUCUCCAGAGAGAUCUCGGCUUGAGUCAAACCCAGGACUGAGGACUGGGUCCAAAUUAUUACAGAUCCUAAAUCAAAUCAGAAUCAACUGUGUGGACCGAUUUUUCAAACAGUGGUCUUAACUUGGAACACGUAAAGUUUACAGAUACUCAUUAUUAGUUUUUUGGAUAAGUAUUAAAGUUAGAAUGACAGAAGCACAUUAAUGGUGUGUACCUCUGUACCAAUCACAAAGGCAGGAAGACGUUCCAAAUGUUUAGUGGGACAGUCGAGAUGUUUCCAUGAAUAGUGGAUGAUGCGCAUGGUUCUCAUAUCGCUCGUGCCAGGCUAGCGAGAGCUGGUGAUGCUAGUUGAUUAACCCUCAGGGAAUCAGAGCUGGAAUCUGGCUACAUUCCAGCAGUGGAAGCACCUGCACACCCCUUCUCCAUACUUUGCUUUCCAUUGACAUCCUUGGCAGAAAUGACAGGCAGUAUUAGACGGGGUGGGGUGGGCGAGACAGUAUUGGUGCCUUUUCGGGAAUGCAGUUCUGUGGAGUUGGCAGCACUGCCUGGACCUGCACACACACACACAAGCUGAAUCCUUAACCGCUUGAUGUUUGAGCUAGAGGAUCACAGACUACAAAGGGAGAAGCAGGUCUCUUGUUAUUUUAUUAUUAUCAUUAUUUUUUAUUAUUUUUUUGUUGGUUGGUAUUAUAACAUUAUACCUCCUGCUUGUAUAUAUGCCAAGUGGCACUAAUGUCUUAUUUUACCCAUGCUAUAUAAUGUGUAUGGCAUUAUUAAUUUAUGAUGGAUAAUAAUUACAAGGUGCUCAUAACACAGCCCCA